AUGGCGGCGCGGGAGAGACUGAAAAACCCAAACAACGAAGUCACGAUAGCGACGAUAAUCGUCGUACUUUGCUUUACGUUUACGGAAUAAUACAUAAGUAACGGACACAUAAGGCGAUACUGAUUCUGACUGGCAGCAUGGAGGACGACUUCAGCCAAUCCCUCACCCCGCCUGUGUCUCCAUUCGCAGCAGACAGCCUCUGUGAGAUGACUCCAGCCCGGCCGGCAUGCUUCUGCUGCUCUGUGACAAAGGAGGAACCCACUGGAGCACUUUCCACAGAGGGGUACGCCGCAAGAGGCUCCCUGAAACGGCUGCUGUUGCAUCUUGACCCGGCUCCUGCCGAGUAUGAGACGGACACAGUUGAGGUCUUUGGUUUCCCCUGGGUAACAGAGACGGCAUUGGUGGAAUCUACAAAGCCUCUCUUUGGUCUGUUCAGACAAAAGCUUUACAGGCUGGAGUCCUUGGUGCAGUCCAGCUCGCAUGACUUUGGUCAAGCAGGCAACCUCCACUAUGAAGCGGAGGACCUCAGACAACAGUGUGUUUCCUUUCUACAGUAUGUCAAAGUCUUCCUGCACAGAUACCUGGAACCCUCCAGCUCCCUGGAAGCAGGUCCUUCGCACCCGUAUGAAGAGCUAGAAGCUCAGUUCCCCUCUGCUCUUCUGGAGGAGCUGUUUGGCAUCACCCUCCUCAUAGGACGACUCAAAGACCUGCCGGCCAAUGUUCAGAGUGCCUUCACUAUACCUAACCCAGGAAAGAUUUUUCCUCCCUCUUGGCAUUUGUUACACCUCCAUCUUGACAUCCACUGGUCAGUCUUGGAGAUCCUUCACCUACUUGGUCACAAGAUGCACGGCCAGGUGGUGUACGCCCACCAGUUUGUGAACCUGACGGGAGAGAACCUGACCGACACCAGCCUGUUUGAAGAGCACCUGUGCAGUCUGCUGUGUGACCUAACUGGUCUGGCCAUGGGCAAAUACAGCAAGGUGAGGCCUACAGAGGCCCUCAGCACCCAUCACCACCUCUGCUCCUGCACCAAAGAGCUGUGGGUCCUGCUCAUGCACCUUUUGGAAUACAGGAAUAAAGUGUUGCACACGCAGUCUUUCUGGAGCUACAUGAACUCGUUGUUGAGGCCCCUGGUUUCAGGGAAGCCAGCAGCAGAGCAGUUCAGUGGCCUCCCGACGCACUGUAAGGACCCUCUGUCGUUCACAUGGUGGCUGGUCACCCACGUCUCGAUGUUAGGCCAGUACAGUCGGAACGGCACUCUCCGGUACGAGAAACAUCUGGGGGAUAAUUGGACUUUAGUGGAGGAGUUGCUCAAGUUUACUUGUAACCCCAAGGGAGGUCUAGCAGAGGAGCAGGUCAGGAUGCACGUCCACUGCUGUCUGAGUCUCUGUCUGCUGUGGGAGCCGAGCACCAGCGCUGUCUCCACCCUCUGGGACUACUACUGCAAGAAUCUGAGUGCUUCAUUCAGCGUACCCUGGCUCGGCAUGUCUGGCAUGGGCACGUUGUGCAAGACGCCCCUGGCUCUGUUGGAUCAGGCCCGCAGCUGCUGCUCCCCCUCUCCCCUCCACUCCUCGGGACACACCCAGCUCUACCGCUCGGCCAACUCCUUCCACAUCUUCCUUCGAGUGCUGGCCCUGUGCCUUGCCCAGGACAGGGCUGGUGGAGUCCCACAGAGACAGAUCAAAGGAAGGAUUUAUUCCAAGUUCUCCUCAAAAAAGAUGCAGGAGCUACCAGAGGCAGGCCUCAUGAACUUCCUGCUGCUGUUUCUGGUGGUGGCCAAGCAGGUGGAGCUGGAGGAUGUGGCCGGCAGAGCCUGUGAGCUGCUGGGUUUCCUUCCCUCUAGCUGCCCCACCGGGCACCGCAGCCUGGUCUGGAGGGGACAGCUGUCGCUGCUGCUGUUGUUCCAGGAGAGGGGGCUGGAUGUUGGUGCACAGGCUACCUGGCUGGCCUCCUCCUUUAAUGAGACGGCCAAAGAGUUCUACAAUAAGACCACGGAGGUCUCUCGCAGGCUGGCCCUCUGGGGGCCCCUGGGAUCAUACCUGGAGGGUGUGGCCGAGGUGUUUGAGACGAGCGCCGACCUCAACCUAUCCGAGGAGAAGCUGCUCAACGAGGGGUUUGAUUGGUUGCUGCGUGCCUGCCGCCUCUCUGAGCUGAAUUCGGCCCUGGGCUUUCUGCAGAUCGUCCUCGCCCAACUCAGACGGGUCCAUCAGCGCAGUGUCCAGUCGGCGCCCCCCUUGGCCUGGGCUCCCGGUAACGGCAGUGUGGUGAAAGAGCGCCACCUAGCGGUAGCAGCCGCGCUCUGGGCACACUUCUUCCCCUUCCUGCGCAGCCUCCGCCUCUCCCAGACCCCUCCGGCACAGCUGGCAGAUGCUGCUGCAGGCUUCACCCUGUUGGCCUUGGAUCUGCCCAGCUCCGCCCCCCAGGACCUUCAGCCCCACCCAGUCCAGUCCAUCAUGCAAUGCUUUGGCUGGGACGACAUGGUUCAACCGGUUUUGAUAACUCGCUACCUCCCCCAUCUGCUCCAGAACAGCGAGCUCUUGUCCUCGCUAAGCGGCGAUUCGGCACAAAGGCUGUCAGUGAGGGCCUGGUUCCGCUGUGUUCUACAGCAGCACCUUCAAAAGAACCCAGAUGGCUCCGACAGCAGAACAGGCCGGGAUGUGGAGGGGCAGUUGUGUGAACUGACCCGGCUCGUGCUGAGACUACCCGAGGUGGACAGUCUUCUGCAGAGAGCGGGCCUCCAGCCCACAGCCUCAGGGCUACAGCCCACUGCAGCCCUGGAGGUUUUUGUCAAGGCUGUCGGCGGUGUGUACAGUGGACUGCAGGUUUUGUCCGAGCGCUCCUCCAUGGUGACCAGAGCCCUGGACUACAUCGGCGACAUCCUGAAACACAUUAAACCGUCUCUUGUCAGCAAGAACCAAGAGGGACUGCAGCUGGUCUACUGGGCUGUCGGUUGCAUAGUGAAGCACUGGAGCCCCCUGCUGGCCACAGCUAAAGCCCAGCAGCUUCUGUUCCGUAUUGUGGACGGACUACUGCUCCCACUGAACCUCACACAGCAGGACAAAGCACUCCGGGACAGCCUGCCUCUGUAUUUACAGGGUCUCUCGGUGGCUUCCAGCGUGUCCCAGUCGCAGGGCGCCCACCUGAAGCAGCAGCUCCGCUCUGUUACCCGCAGAUACCUGGACCAUUUCCUUCCCGUCUCCCCUUCCAUGGGCGUCAUUACCAACCACCCAGUGCUUCUGAGUGCCUGUGAGGCCGCCCCAACCACCCGAGGAGCAGCGCUGAGGAGGACCAUCCUGGAGGUGCUCUGCGAGAGCUUCCUGCAGUUUAAAGGUCACGCCCCUCCGCCUCGGCUCGCUGCAGUCCUGAUGUUCCUACUCGAGCUUCUGAGACGGAACAGUGACUCGGACCCCGCCCUCCUCACUCUGCCCCUCCCCCCUCUGCUGCGCUGCGUGAUGUUGGUCAACGAGCCGCAGGUGAGGAAGACGAGCACAGAUGCCUUGCAGCUUGUGGUGGAGCGAUGUGCUGCUGCCUCUACAGCCGCGCCGUGCAACCAGAUGAUCGCCGUGUUGCGGUCGUUUGUGGAGGAGAAUGAGGGAGUCUACGACAGGCAGGUGUACAGCGUCCUGGAGACGGUGUCUGUCUUGGACCCCGCUGUGGUUCAAGCUCUCCUUCCCCACCUGUCUCUGAGUCUGAGAAACACCGAGCGCAAGAGAGGACUGGGCAGGAACGUCGCUUUGAGGAGUGCGUACAGGAAGUUGCUGUGCCUCCUCGGAGAGAGUGGGCAGGCAGAAAUAACCAGUCUGGAAACGGACUGAGAAGUUUUUUUUUUUGUUUUUUUUUCUUCGCCAGCUCCAAGAACUCGACUUUCUUCGUUUUUGGGACAAGUUUCUUAAUUUGGUCAUCAGGGAAAAUGACCGUGCUGCUAAUUGGGGUGUCCCACAAAACCUGAUAUGAUGGAAAACACAGGAUGUGUGUAUAUAUGGAACUGUGAAUAUUUAAAGAUGUCUUAACAGCUGUACUUAAAAGGUACAGUUCACCCACAAAUUAAAUCUACAUAUUUUUUUCUCUUUACAUUUAGUCCUAUUUGUCGAGCUAGUUUUUGUCAUGGUGUGAGUUUGCUAGUUUUGGAGAUCUCUGCUAUCUCUUAAAUAUCAGAGCAUUUGAAAAAAUCCACAGCAAUGUAAUCUGGUUACUUCAGAUAAUCCACAGACCUUGUUGUGGGCGGACAACAUGUCUUUUUGAUUUUGAGGUGAACUGUCCCUUUUUUUUUUUUUUUAAAGAAGAUGUUCCAAUCAUUGACUAUAAGCAUGAUAUCCCCAGGUUGUAUAUAAUGUACAUAUUGUAAACAACAAUAAAAUAGGUGCCGCUUUGCAUUUUGGCAGAUGCGUUAUUAAUGAAAUAAAAUGUGACAAUAAAUAGG